AUGUGUCGGGAGAUUUCGAAACGAGAGGAAACCGCACUCAAUAGCUGCGAGUUUCAGGGAGAAACGAGCCUCCCACAGGCGUGCCGUUACCGUAGCGAGAGAAAACGGAUAGAUGAAGAAUCGAAUACUUUCACCGACGCAACCGGAGUGCCUCAAAACGCAGUCGUCAACAAGGAUCUAAGAAAACGAGCUAUGAGCAGCACCAGCUCCCAGAAAAACAUGUUCACAAAUCUGUGGAUAAAGUUCCUAGAAGAUAAACAGAAGCUAUUGGAGGAGGAAUUAGACGACGAUGAAGACCGGGAGAGCUGUCGUAGCAGAAUUAGUCGACGGAAAAGCCUAAACCUGGUGAAGCAGUGGUUGAGCGGAAAUGCGGAUGAAGUGAAAGGCGACCAGAGCCAACGUAGCCAAGGAGCAGCCUCAUUGUUAUCGCAAUCGCCAGAUACACGCAACCAGAGAAAGGAGAAAGACGACCGCAACGACAUCCCAAAUUUACCGCCGAAGAAGCUGCUCUCUAAACCACGUGAUUCGAAGCAGCAGCUAUCAGAAUCCAAUCUUCAGGACGACGGGGUAACUAGCCAAGCCACAGGUAACCCUAGCAUCCUCUCUCAGUCCUCCGUAACACAACUAGCCAUACCAGGUAAGCCACUAUCUAUUUUUAACGAAAGCGCUAAAGCGCGAACCGGAUAUUUCAAAAAAACAAACACAACCGCCCAACCCCCGCGCGUUGAUAAUAAUCUCAAUGAGUUGAUAAAACAAUUUGGGAAUCUCAAACUGUCCCAACCGGGUUCAAUGUUUGGUACUGUUCCUAUUGCACAGGAACUGCCAACGAUUACUGAAUUCAUUCCUACCCCCUCGCAGUUGGCCGCUAGACAAGUUAUGCCUCGGGAUUUGCCUACAUUUUCAGGCGACCCAGCGGACUGGCCCGUGUUUAUCAGUAGUUUCAUGAAUACUACACUCGCCUGCGGCUAUAGUUCCGUAGAAAAUAUGUCAAGGCUACAACGAUGCUUGAAGGGACAAGCAUAUGAAGCAGUACGAAGUAGAUUACUUCUUCCUGAGUCCGUUCCUCAGGUGGUCAGCACCCUUCAAUUGUUAUAUGGAAGGCCUGAAAUGUUAAUUACCGCUCUCCUCGAAAAGAUUCAUUCCGUUCCAGCCCCUAAAACAGAGAAACUGGAAACGCUAUUAGAAUUCGGCAUGGCCGUACAGAGCUUGUGUGACCAUUUGGAAGCAGCAGGUCAACAUGCUCAUCUGUCAAAUCCAGCACUCCUCAUGGAGUUAGUGGACAAGUUACGCGCCCAUGUGAAACUUGAUUGGGGUGGAUACUUGCGCAAGUGUGAAGUAGUGAACUUAAAAACGUUCAGUGGUUUCAUUUCUGAAGUGAUGUUAUCCGUCAGCAAAGUUAUUGGAAAUACUGGAGGCAGUAAAAAUACUGCUGGUGAACGAACGCGAAUGAAGCAGAAAGGAUCUGUUUACACACACAUGGAUGAUACCAGCGAUAGCCGUGAGGUAGAAAGGUUAUGUACCUCGUGCAAGAAACCGGGGCACCGUAUCCAGGAUUGCCGUUCGUUUAGAUCCACCUCAGUAGAUGAUCGUUGGAAAUUCGUUCAAUUGAAUAACCUGUGUCGGACUUGUUUAAAUGCUCACGGCAGAAGGAGCUGUCGCAACCCGAAACCUUGUGGAAUUAAUGGUUGCCAGAGUCGGCAUCACCCUCUCCUGCAUUCUUCUGUGAAUUGCGCACGGAAUCGGCAACAAGUUGUUGCGGAAAAUCAUACUAAUCGUCAGCUGGAAAAGUCAUUAUUGUUUCCAAUCGUUCCUGUCACACUGCGUGGACCGCGUGGUGUUGUUACCACAUUUGCCCUACUCGAUGAUGGCUCUUCAAUGACCCUCAUAGAAGAAGGUUUAGCUCGUCAGAUCGGUGCUGUUGGAAUCAAAAACCCCCUGUGCUUAGUGUGGACCGCUAAUGUGACUCGCAGGGAAGAAAAUUCUAUGCAGAUUACUUUGAAUAUAUCUGGUACUAGAAGCCAGAAGCAGUUCAGAUUAAACGAUGUCCAAACUGUGAGAGAACUUUCACUGCCGAAACAGACGAUCGAUUUCAAGAGCCUUGCCAGCCGUUACCAACACCUGCGUGGGUUACCCAUCGCAAGUUAUGAUGAUGCUGUACCACGUUUACUCAUCGGGGUGAACAACGUGAACCUUACCGUGCCUUUAAGAGUCAAGGAAGGGCAAUUCCGAGAACCAAUCGCUGUGAAAACCCGAUUGGGGUGGUGCGUGUAUGGCGGAGAAACAAGAAACCGAGUGUCGACGUUAAACUAUCACGCCUGCAACUGUACAGGUGAUCAGAAAAUCCACGAUAUCGUAAAGAAUCAUUUUGAGCUGGAGGAAAUCGGGACACGGGCUGCAACACAGCUUAUUUCCGAUGAAGACAAACGAGCGCAAAGAAUACUCGAAGAAACGACUGUUAGAAAGGGCGUUCGUUUUGAAUCAGGAUUGCUGUGGCGGUAUGAUCGCGUGGAGUUUCCUGACAGUUACCAAAUGGCGUUACGAAGAUUGGAGUGCCUGGAAAGGAAAAUGAUCCGUGAGCCGCAACUGAAGGAUAAUUUACACCUCCAAAUGAAGGAGUACCAGUUAAAGGGAUAUGCGCAUCGAGCUACCCAAGCUGAGUUAGCCAAUGUUGACAUGAGACGUGUGUGGUAUCUUCCAAUAGGUGCUGUGACGAAUCCAAUGAAGCCUGGCAAGGUUCGUAUUAUCUGGGAUGCUGCGGCGAAAGUGGACGGUAUCUCGUUGAACUCAAUGCUCUUGAAGGGACCCGAUCAGCUGGUCUCGUUACCCGCGAUCUUGUCACGCUUCAGGCAGUUUAAAGUGGCAGUUUCAGCCGACAUACAGGAAAUGUUCCACCAAAUCUCUAUUCGACCAGAUGACCGGCAUUCACAACGCUUUCUGUGGAGAAGUGAUCCAUCCUGUGCUCCGGAGGUCUUUCUGAUGGAUGUGGCGACCUUUGGAUCUUCGUGUUCCCCGGCGACUGCACAAUACGUCAAGAACAAGAACGCCGAAGCCUUUGCCGAAAAAUAUCCAAGGGCAGUAAACGCAGUAAUCCAGAAUCAUUAUGUGGACGAUCUGUUGGAUAGCUUCGAGAGUGAAGAAGAAGCUUCUCGCGUGGCUGAAGAGAUUCGGACUAUUCAUCGGUGUGGAGGCUUUAACCUACGUAACUGGUUGUCAAACAGCAAAAGGGUUGACGUUAGUCAUACACAUGGUCGAGUUCUGGGAAUGCUGUGGAUCACUGAAGAGGACGUGCUUUGCUUCUCCACUUCUAUGAAGGAGGAAAUUCAACAGUUGCUGAUCGACAAUGAUCGACCCACGAAGAGACAGAUCUUGAAGUGUCUAAUGGGUUUUUUCGAUCCUUUAGGACUACUUAGUGUUUUCCUCGUGCAUGGUAAAGUAAUUCUUCAAAGUGUAUGGCGUUCAGGAAUCAAGUGGGAUGAGAAGGUUAAUGAAGACAUCUAUGAACAGUGGAGAAGGUGGAUAUUGCUAAUGAAGACAGUCGAAACCCUCAAGAUACCACGUUGCUAUUUUGUAGAUGCAACAUCUGAACGGUAUCGUCAUCUUCAACUUCACAUUUUCGUAGAUGCGAGUGAGGUGGCUUAUGCAGCACUUGCAUACUUUCGAACCAUUGGAGUGAAGAGCAAACCGGAAUGUGUUUUAGUAGCAGCGAAAAGCAAGGUUGCACCUCUGAAACCGUUGUCAAUCCCGCGCCUUGAGCUGCAAGCUGCAGUCUUGGGAGUACGUCUCAUGCAGUUUGUGAAAGAGAGUCACAGUGUAUCGAUUCAUCAGGAGUAUCUAUGGAGUGACUCCCUCACCGUACUGGGUUGGCUGAGGUCAGACCACCUUAGAUAUCGUCAGUAUGUAGCAUGUAGAGUGGGAGAACUGCUCACAUCAACAUCGGUGGAAGAUUGGAGAUGGGUGCCUUCGAAACAAAACCCAGCGGAUCAGGCGACGAAAUGGGGAAAGGGGCCGCAAUUAAACACAACCGGUACAUGGUUUAGCGGACCAGAGUUCCUGCAGCUUCCGGAAAAAGAAUGGCCACAACAGAAGACGAUAAUAUCGACAGCAGAAGAAGAAUUGCGCCCUAUUUACAGUCAUCGUGCUAUAGCAAUUCCUGAGUUAGUAUUCGAUUUCAACAGAGUAUCCAAGUACGAACGUGCCGUCAGAGCUAUGGUCUACGUCCUUCGAUUCAUAGAGAACUUGAAGAGGAAAAAAGGUAGUGAGGAGGCCAUUGUCGGUCUGCUCAACACGACAGAGAUUCAAACAGCCGAACGAAAACUCAUUCAAUUGGUUCAGUGGCAAGUAUUCGGCGACGAAAUGGUCGUAAUUAGGCGCAAUUUGCAAUCUCCCACCGGAAAACGCGAAGAAUUGGAGAAAAGUAGCAACUUAUACCCUCUUACUCCAAUAAUGGAUGAGUUCGGAAUCCUACGGAUGGAUGGCAGGAUCGGAGCAGCCCGUAAUGUAUCUAUGGACGUCAAAUUCCCUGUUAUUCUACCUAAGGAACAUAAGUUCACACACUUGCUGAUUGAUAGCUAUCAUCGUAAGUAUCGCCACGCCAAUUUUGAGACCGUAGUAAACGAGGUCCGUCAGAUGUUUUACGUCCCGCGGUUGAGAGCGGUUGUGAAGAAAGUCAUCAAAAUCUGUCAAUGGUGUCGAGUGCAAAAUACGAAACCGAGAAUUCCCCGGAUGGCUCCGCUUCCCGCGGCUAGAUUGUCAUCGUUUUGCAAGCCUUUCACGUACGUAGGCUUGGACUUUUUUGGUCCCUUGACUGUGAAGAUCGGAGCCGAACGACUGCUGAAGGAGCAAGUACAGCGUAUUCAGGAUGAUCUGGUAACGACAUUUACCGGCACGACUACCAGGUGGCUACUAAUUCCUCCAGCUGCGCCCCAUAUGGGAGGUGCCUGGGAGAGAUUGGUGAGAUCGAUAAAGACAGCUAUGGAAACCACGUACAACAACGAUAGAAAGCUGGAUGAUGAAGAACUCGAGACGAUGGUAUUCGAAGCAGAGGGAAUAGUUAACAGUCGUCCGUUGACUUAUCUACCGUUGGACGCUGAGGAGAGCGAAGCCCUAACUCCAAACCACUUCCUGCUAGGAAGUUCCAACGGAGUCCGUCAGCCAGUUGUAAAGCCAACCGACCCAAUAAGGUCCAUCAUGAGUUCCUGGGACAUGAUCCAACUGCAACUAGACCGUUUCUGGAAGAGAUGGACGCGCGAAUAUUUGCCAACCCUGACCAGAAGAACCAAGUGGUUUGGAGAGGUGAAACCAUUAGCUGAAGGAGAUCUUGUAUUCAUCGUCGAUGAGUCGAAGCGGAAUAACUGGAUUCGUGGGCGGGUACAGGAGUUGAUCAAGUCGGGAGAUGGGAGAGUGCGACAGGCCGUAGUCAAAACUGCGAGGGGGAUCAUACGUAGACCGGUAGCCAAGCUGGCUGUGUUAGAUGUGGCGAGUAGGGGUAAAACAGAACCUGAUGUACGGAAGUAA